AUGAGUGAUGAGGAGAUCACUUAUGCAACUGUGAAAUUUCAUAAGUCUUCUUCAGGGUUACAGAAUGAAGGAAGGUGUGAUGAGUCUCAAGGGCCCAAAGAAACUGGGCACAGAGAGUGUUCAGUUCCCUGGCACCUCAUUGCAAUAGCUCUUGGAAUCUUUUGUUCCAUUCUUCUGGUGGCUGUCACAGUGUUGGUGAUACACAUUUUUCAGUGCAGACAAGAGAAACAAGAACAGGAGAAAAACCUAAACAACCUCUACCAAGAGUACAGCACACUGAAAAAUGACAGAUUUUUAAAGGAACAAAUGCUGAGAAAUAAGUCUGUAGAGAAUGAUGUUCUCAAAAAUCGUCUAGACUUCAUCAACAGAGAAUGGAACAGAUGCUAUGGGGAAACUAAGAUUGUUUUAGAUCGCUCAGAAUCCUCAGGCAAAAAUGUUGAAGGAAACUGGUUCUGCUGUGGCAUAAAAUGUUAUUAUUUCAUCAUGACCAGUAAACGCUGGAAUGGAUGUAAACAGACCUGUGAGAACUGCCAUUUAUCCCUUUUGAAGAUAGAUGAUGCUGAUGAACUGACAUUCCUAAAGUCCCAACUAAAUCAGAACAGAUACUGGAUUGGAUUAAAAUAUGAUGUAAAGAAAUGGAAAUGGCAAUGGAUUGAUGGAGGCCAAUCUAAACUUGAUUUGACAGUAAUGGAAUUAAGAUCUGCCACAGGAGACUGUGCAUUUCUCAGUUUGGCAGGUAUACAGGAAUAUGAUUGUGAUAAACGCCUUUUCUGUAUAUGUGAAAAACAAGUGGUAAAGUUUCCUGAUUCAGUGUGCAGUCCAGAUGAAAGAAAGCAGUCUGAACCAGCCAUGAGGAGCUCUCAGAAAGAUGCACUGCUCAAUGGCCUCUGCAUCAGCUCUGACUUGUAG